CGAUGGAAGACGAUGAGGAAGAGUCAGAUGAGAUACUGAAUCAAGUGCUGGAUGAGAUUGGCGUUGACUUGCACCAGAAGCUAGGUGAAGCGCCACAAGGCUUUGCUGCUGCUCAACCAGAAGCGCGGGUGGCACAAACUGCACAGGCGAUGGGGAGUAGCGGCGGUGGUGCAUCCAACACGGGCGAAGACGAUCUCAUGGCGCGUCUCAAUAAUCUCAAGGGAGGCGGUGACUAGACAUCUGCUUAGCUGCAUGUGCUCAUUGACUGCUAGCUGGAUGUGGUCAUCCAUACAUAUGCUAUAAUUGCGACUGCUUUUUCGCUUGUCGUUCAGAUGAGAGCAACUGACAGUCAAGACUCAAACACUUCGACUACACUUUGUACGAAGAUGCCUGAAAAGAUACUCUGUGCGCUCGCAUGCGGGACAAUGGGCCGCUCCAUCCUCUCAGGCGUUCUAGAUGCCUUGAAAGAUGCCGAACGCAAUAGUGCCGAUAGCCUCUCUGCUUCAGUCCUCAGCAUCAACGAAGGUUCAGCCGAUCAAGAACCCUUGGUGGCUCCGAGCAUCUUUAGCGCAUGUGUCAAACGUCCUGAAGCUGCAAAGAAACUAAAAGAGCUAUUUGGUGACGCUGUUACUGUCAGCUAUGGUGCUUCUGCCAAUGCGGAAGCUGCAUCCAAGGCGGACUAUGUCCUACUUGGAUGUAAACCGCAAGUUGCGCGUGAUUUAUUGACAGAGCCCGCUAUGGCUCAAGCGCUCAAAGGUAAAGUUGUCAUGUCCAUCUUGGCAGGAACGACGAUUAGUACAUUGCAAGGGUUUCUACCGGAUAGCAAAGUCAUCCGGGUCAUGCCAAACACGCCAUCACGUAUUCGACAAGGCAUGUCGGUGAUUGUGUCGGGUGAUGGUGUUGCUGAGCAAGAGCUCGAGAUGGUCUCUUGGAUCUUUAAGCAAGUUGGCAAGACGCUGAUUAUGGAUGAAAAGCAUAUUGAUGCAGCGACUGCGCUAUGUGGCAGUGGCCCGGCGUUCAUGGCUGUGAUUCUGGAAAGUUUGACAGAUGGCGGUGUCAUGAUGGGAAUUCCACGUCAACAGGCAGAAGAUCUCGUUGCACAAACAAUGCUUGGAACGGCGAGCAUGGUACAAGCUGGACAGAAUCCAGCGCUGAUUCGCAAUGCCGUCGCAACACCGGGUGGGUGUACCAUUGGCGGGCUGCUUGAGAUGGAGGAUGGCAAGAUCCGGUCUGUGUUGGCACGUACGAUCCAGACUGCUGCACAGAUUGCCACUGCUCUAGGCAAGAAUUAGAAGCCUUUGUAAAGUAAUAAUCUAAUGCAAUAUAAAACGCUCAUU